AUGUUCACAUGUCUCCUCUCCUCUCUUCCUUCCUUCCUCUCCCUCUCUCCCUCCUCCUCCUCCUUCUCUCCACUCUUCCUCCUCGUCCUCUUCGUCACCGCGGCCGUCGUCCUGUUCCUGAUCACACGUCGCUCCGUGCCUGAAGCCAAACCUUCGUCCUGUCCUCCCCCGGCUCGGGACUCCAUCCCCUGCCUGCCUCGGCUCCCCGUCCUGGGCAGCCUCCCCUGGCUGGGAGGAGGAGGCCUCCCCCCGCACCUCCUCUUCUCCCAGCUCGCCCGAAGGUACGGGUCUCUGUUUGCCCUCCACCUCGGCCCUCACUACACCGUGGUGAUUAACGACCAUCAACACGCCAGAGAGGUGCUGCUGCAGAGAGGGAGGGACUUCGCAGGACGACCGAGCAUGGUGACCACCAACCUGUUGACCAGAGGAGGUAAAGACAUCGCAUUCGCUGACUACUCUCCUCUCUGGAAGUUACACCGCCGCCUCGUCCACAACUCCUUCACCCUGUUUGGAGAGGGAACCAGUCGACUGCAGGAUAUCGUUCUGUCCUCGGUGGACAGCCUGUGUGUCGAGUUGUUGUCCGGGGGGAAGCGCGGCUUCGACCCGUCUCCCGCGGUGACCAGGGCCGUCACCAAUGUUGUGUGCACACUGGUGUUCAGUUCCACCUAUCGCCAUGGCGACGCAGAGCUGCAAGAGGUGAUCCGAUACAACGAUGGCAUCGUGCAGACGAUCGCCAGGGGAGGACUGGUGGACAUUUACCCCUGGAUGAAGGUCUUUCCUAACAAGUCUCUGAGUAAACUGAAGGACUGUAUCACUGUCAGAGACCGACUGCUGACGUGCAAACUGGAGGAGCACAAGGCAUCACUGAGUGACGGUGAGCCCCGAGACCUCCUGGAUGCCUUGCUGAAGGGCCAGACAGGCAGCGGGCGGGGUCAAAGGUCAUCUGGACCAGAGGAUGAGGGGAUAACGGACGACCACGUCCUGAUGACAGCGGCUGAGGCAUUUGGAGCUGGAGUAGAGACGACAUCCACCACACUGCUGUGGAUCCUGGCGUACCUGCUGCACCACCCCGAGGUCCAGGAUCGCGUGCAGAAGGAGCUGGACGAGCACGUUGGCAGCGAGCGAGCAGUCUGCAUGUCGGACCGCGGCCGGUUGCCGUACCUGGAUUGUGUCAUCAACGAGGGCAUGAGGAUCCGACCGGUCAGCCCCGUACUGAUCCCACACACUGCCAUGACCCACAGCAGCAUUGGAGGUCACUCUGUAAGUUGUGGGACUCGUGUUUUGGUCAACAUGUGGUCGAUUCACCACGACCCCCGACACUGGGAUAAACCCGACCUUUUCAACCCAGAUCGUUUCCUUGACGAUCGGGGCCAGCGAGUCACACCCCCCUUCUUUUUGCCGUUCGGGGCGGGACCUCGGGUCUGUGUCGGCGAAUCAUUGGCCAGGCUGGAGCUCUUUCUCUUCUUGUCCUCUCUACUCCAGCGAAUGAGCUUCAGGCUGCCAGACGGGGCCCCCCCGCCCAACCUGCAGGGGCGGCUAGGUGUGGUCUUGCAGCCAUUACCUUAUACCGUUGUUGUCACUCCAAGGGCGGGGUGGGAGAGCGAAGCAAAAUAA